AGGUAACCCUAACGAAAUCUAAACCUUAUAUCAUUUAGUGUCUUAGAUGAAGUCUAAAGAAAAAAAAAAACACAAAGAUAAUCUUGCUCAAAUAAAUACAUCAGGUGGUAUUCGAGAGAAGGCAAAGAAGAAACAUGCAUCUUCUAAAUUUUAUUUAAACAAUCCAUAUAUUAUUCAAUGGCCAGAAAUCUCUAAAGAAGACCAAGAAAUAAUACUGAACAGUGUUUUAAAUAUAUUUUCAUUUUUUCCAAGUCAAAAAAAAAAAAACAAAAUAUCAAGUAGAAAAAAGGAUUUAAAAGACAAUGAAAACACAAACGAUAUAAAUGAAUCCAAUAAAUCUAUAAUGGGUUCUAUAGAUGACAAUGUUUCUUCAUCUCAAGACGAUAAAAGAGAAAUUAUAAGAAAAAGUAUGACAUUAGGCAUAAAUGAAACAACAAAAUUACUAGAAAUAUAUUCAAAAAUUGGGAUUCCAUUAUCAGCACCUUCUUAUCUUCGUUUUUUUGAGAAAGUUGAUGAAAAUCAUCUUUCUUUAUUAAAAGAUAAUAAAUCAGCCAACAUUCUUAAAGUAGUCAUUGUUUGUAAGGAGGAUAUACAACAUAAUAUCUUAUACUCUCAUUUUCCAGUAUUAUGUGGCGUUGUUAAUGAAACACUUUCAAAAAUAGAGGCAUCUGAUGAUAAUUCUCAAAGUGGUAUCCGAUUAGUAACACUUCCAAAGGGUUCAGAACAACAACUUUCUGAAGCAGCUGGUCUUAAAAGACUGGCAGCAAUAGGGAUAAUGAAAAAUACACCUUACGCAGAAAAAAUGAUUGAUUAUAUCUUUAAGAAAAUACCGCCUCCUCAAAUACCAUGGCUAAAACAUCCAACAAUGUUCUAUCCUACUUCUAUUAUUCAGACUUCAAAUAAAUAAUAAAGAAAUAUAUUUCAAAAACUAUAUAAAAAUAAACUGUUUAC